AUGUGUAGGACCCUGACUGCCUUCCCCACCACCUGCCUGGAGAGAGCCAAAGAGUUCAAGACACGCCUGGGGAUCUUUCUUCACAAGUCAGAGCUGGGCUCUGAUACUGGAAGUGUUGCUAAGUUUGAGUGGGGCAGCAAACACAGCAAAGAGCGUAGAAACUUCUCAGAAGAUGUGCUGGGGUGGAGAGAGUCGUUUGACUUGCUUCUGAGCAGUAAAAAUGGAGUGGCCGCCUUCCAUGCUUUCCUGAAGACAGAGUUCAGCGAGGAGAAUCUGGAGUUCUGGCUGGCCUGUGAAGAGUUCAAGAAGAUUCGAUCGGCUACCAAGCUGGCCUCCAGGGCUCACCGGAUCUUUGAGGAGUUCAUUUGCAACGAAGCCCCCAAAGAGGUGAACAUAGACCACGAGACCCGGGAGCUGACGAGGACGAACCUGCAGGCUGCCACGGCCACGUGCUUUGACGCGGCUCAGGGCAAGACUCGCAUCCUGAUGGAGAAGGACUCCUAUCCACGCUUCCUGAAGUCGCCCACCUACCGGGACCUGGCUGCCCAAGCCUCGGCUGCCUCUGCCUCUCUGUCCAGCUGCAGCCCGGCCGAGCCCUCGCGCACCUGAGCCUCCGUGGCAGGGAGGAAGCCAGCCGGGAAGAGAGGUGGAGUCACCCGUCCCCGUGUGGGAGGCAGGUUCUGCAGAGCAAGAUCGAGAGGAUGGUGAAGGAAAGAGCAGAUCCAGCAGCCUUUUGCGAACAGCACCCUCUCCUUCAGAUACUGUGGGACUUGAAUCUGUGCAUGAGAGUGUUCCCACUUCCAGGUCCUGAGGAUAAGGGCUGGCUAUGGGGAUCACAUGGGGCUUCUGGGGAAAAGAACGGAGGCUCAGGAAUUAGCACUGGCUCUGGUCCUUCUCAGUGGGGCAAGGGGAUAUCCAGGUGUGGUUUAGGAAACAUGGAUAAAGAGAAACUUGGAAACAAAAGGGGGAAAGACCACCAAGAUGAGCUGUCAGUUGACUCUAGCUUCCUGUUUUCCUAAUUUCCAGCAUGUUCUGGGCACAGAGGGAGCCAUGGGUGUGGAGUCCUCCUGUUCUGCCCUCCUCACCUGCCUCGGGGCUCCCUCGGGCUCCCUCAGCUCCUUAACAUGCCUGUGUGUCCAGCCUUGCUGUCAUCAAGGCCAGCAAGCCGAUGUGUCUCUUGCCCAAAAUGAGAUUUUUGUACUUCAGAAACUGGAGUCUGAGGCCUUUCCAAGUCAGUAGAGAGCCCUUGAAAAGAGGCCAUCUCGCUCGAGUGAAAUCUGUCUUGGUGCUCAUGGUGACCUCUUGCAGAUGGCCCCACGGAGGGGCUUCCUGCAGGAAUGUGUCCUCAGCUCUGUGCUGCCCUUGAUGGUGGGGGGGAGGCAUGAAAAGAAAGGUGGAGGCCUUGGGUGGCUAGUCCACGCUCCUGCCUGGCAGUGUGGAAUGAAAGAGAAAAGGUUUGUAAGAAGCAAACCUCUUGGCAAUUCCUGAAAGUCCUGCUCAAAUCAAGCCAGUGUUUUUUGUGGGUAUGAGAACAGGGAAAAAGAGACACCCCAGAGUGGGAGGGGAGCUUGUGUUUUUUUCCUGUGAACAUGAGGUGCACCACUGGAGUGUCGGGAGAGACAGGACAGGAACCACAGUGGCCCUGCGAUAGAAUGUAGACGUUGGGAGUGAAGUUGGGGAGAAAGGCUGCUGGGAACAGCAGGACUGGGGGAAAUCAGAACCUGCCUGUCACCUCAGGGCAUCACCAAACAAACAUUUUGUGCUGGGACUUCUUGCACAAGAGCCCAAGCUGGGGAGGUGAAUUAACCGGGACAAGCCCUUAUGCCCCAGGGUAAUCAACACUGUUCUCUCUGCACUGUGAGCUCCUCCAGGAGAAAAUUAUUUAAGUAUAAUGUAUCGUUGCUUUGUGCCAAUUGUCCUAGCGUAUUAUUUUUGUUAUUUUUGUUGCUGUUAUUUAUUGUAAUUUCAGUUUGCCUCUGCUGGAGAAUCUCAGCGGGAGUUGCAGCCUGACUGUCUCCCUCCCUCCACCAGACUCUACCUCUUACCCUGCUGGGAACCUCUGAGCACCUGUCAGGAACUCCUUGCUGUUUAAAUAUUUAUUUAUUGUUGACCAAUGGAGCUGGUUUCCGAGAUAUGAAUGAUGUACACAAUCCCCAUUUUCCUGUUUCAGCAUGUUGUAUUCUUGUAAAAUAAAAACAAAACUCAAAUAUGA